AUGGCUGCUUCCAUCAACUACUCAAUUAUUUUUGUGAUGGUAGCAUUGUUGUCCUUAUCAAACAUAUUGACAAGUCAUGGUGCUCGUAGCCUACUACAACUUCCCAACUUGCCUACGAUCCCGUCAUUGCCUAAGCCAACAAUGCCACAAUUGCCCAACUUUCCAGUCACAUUGCCACCAUUGCCAAGUAUUGCAUCUUUGCCCACAUUUCCCUCUGUUGUCCCGAAAAUGACACUGCCACCAAUGCCAACCAGGAAUCCUCUGCCUAACAUGCCAUCACUUCCAAACAUUCCUACAUUUUCACCUCCUCCAUCCAACUAA